CUAUAAAUUAUCUCAUCUCGUAUUCCUUGUUUACUCCACUCUUGAGCCUCUUAAAUCUUAUCCAUUGUUCCUUUUAUUUAAAUUCCCUUCAUCCACUCAAAGAUCAGCAAGUUCGUUCUGAUUAUACUUGUAUUAGACCAAAAGCUCCCCAUGUCUAGGCACGUAAUGAUGAAAUAUCAAAAAUGGAUCACUCCCAUUCAACUGACCAGGCCGAGAGUGCUAGUACUACUGAUCGCUUAGCAGUUCAGACCAAGGAGGGAGCUACUAAAGAAGGCAAUAGUGCAGUUUCGAUAGGUGGCAUGGAACUUGAUGUGUUUCGUGCUGCAAAACAAGGCGACCUUGUUGCCCUCAGGGAACAUGCUGAACAUCUUCACCUAAAGCUGACUGCAACAAAUAACACGGUCCUUCAUGUUUAUAUAGCAUGCUUAAGCAGGCCGACAUCCGGACAAAACACACUGGAGCCAGCCGACAUUGUGAACCAUAUCCUUGAAAUGUGUCCCGCACUACUAUGGCUGCACAAUAAGAGCGGUGAGACUGCCUUACACCUAUCGGCGAGACAGGGGCUAGUUGAUAUAGUUGGAGUUCUUAUCGAUCAGGCAACAAAAGUUCGUCACCAUGGCGACCUUGAGCAAGGCCGAGUCUUAACAGAAGAAGAAGCCUGCUUGAAGAAGCAGAUGCUCAUUAGGAAAACCAACAACAACAAGGAUACAGCGUUGCACGAAGCAGUGCGCUAUAAUAAUCCUUUAGGAAAAACAACAACAAGAAGGAAAACCAAUCAACGUUCUGUGGUGGAGAAAUUGACCAAAGAAGACCCCGAGUUUUCCUACGCUGCUAAUGAUUCAGGCGAAACUCCAAUUUAUUUAGCUGCCGAGAGGAAAAAUCUUCCUUUGGUUUCUGAAAUGCUCAAGAAUUGCAGUGUUCCAACUUACACUGGUCCAAAUGGUAGAACGGCGUUGCACGUUGCAGUGAUUCGCAUGGAUGAAGAAAUGACGGAGGAACUACUAAAAGCCGAUAGGACUUUGAGCAAAGCAGCAGACGAACUAGGAUGUACUCCACUACACCUUGCUGCACGUUGUGGUUCCAUUUCAAUUGUUAAACAACUGCUUGCAAAUGAUAGAUCUACUGCUUACAUUGCUGACAAAGAUGGUGCGACAGCUCUUCACUUUGCAGCGUCCGAAGGCAAUCUAGAUGUAAUGAAAGAGCUUAUUUCUCAAUGCCCUGAUUGUUGCGAACUGGUCGACAACAAAUUUCAGAAUGUUCUUUACUACGCAAUACGGAACCAACAAUACCAAAUAGUCAAUUAUGUUUCAGCAGAUGCAUGGCUUAGCAACAUCCUGUUAAAUGGCAUUGAUGUUGAUGGGAACACACCCUUCCAUCACCUAGCUAUUCAUUCUCCCAAAAGCAUCGACUUGCUAGAUUAUCAUAAAGUUGAUUGGAUGGCAUUCAACAAGCAAAACUUAAACGCUUUUGACAUACUUCUAGCCAACUUCGAUGAUAUACACACAUUACUGCAGGAAUUUUAUGGAAAACUACUUCGAAUGAUGGGUGUUAGACCAAGUCCAAGAAUUGAAAACCCAAAAGAAAGUAGUGGCAAUGAGGUGGAGGAAACUCAAAGAAGCAAGGACAUGGGAGAAGGUUUACAGAAAGCAAAAGAAACUCAUCUGGUAGUGGCUACAUUGAUAGCAACUGUUACCUUCGCAGCAGGUGUUACCAUGCCCGGCGGAUACCAAAGCGAAAAAGGACCAGACCAGGGUUCCCCCCUUCUGUCAAGAAAAGCAGCGUUCAAAGCAUUUGUUCUAACUGAUACACUAGCCAUGGCCAUGUCUAGUUGUUCUGUCCUAGUGCUCCUUUACUCCUCAAUUCACGCAAAGAGGAAUUACAAAGGCACGUUUCAAUUGGCAGUGUCUUUGACAAUUUGGGCUUUGGUUGCAAUGGUUGUUGCAUUCAUUACCGGCACAUAUGCAGUACUGGGUGGUCAUUCUCCAGGGAUUGCCGUUGCAGCUUGUGCGCUUAGCUGCAUUUUCUUCUCUGUCUUUGCAAAUUCUCUUCUUUCUAUUGAAAGAAAAAUACAUAAUGCGCCACAUUUCAUGGACGACAUGGUUCACGACUUUAAGCUGCUGACAGGUUACUCGUCAAUUGUCAGAUUGAGCUCAUUAUUAGGUUUCUUCAUGAAGAAGAAGGAGAAUUUGUUAUCACGCAUUCCUUAAAAUAUUGUAUUUUAUUCUCGAGACAUGAAAUAAUAUUUUUCUUCGAA